UCGGCAUAACUUAAUGCAUAAUUUUUCCAAAUUCAAGGCAUCGUCUUGAGGCCCGAAUUCGACCAAAAGACGACAUUUAUGAUCAACCCCUGGAGACAAACCGGUGGAACUUUCAAAGCUAUUUCUGAUUAGCCGUUUCUCCCAAUGUUUCACCCCCUCAAGCAUUUGUAAAUGUAAAAGUUGCCAUAUAUGUAGCUUUUCUUCUCGUGAUAUCCUACAGAAAACAUCAAAACCUCUUUUGGGUUUGCUCAGAUCUGAGCUUUCAGCCAUGGGCUUCUUCAAAUUCCUUGCAGUUGUAUGCGUCUACCUGCAGGUAAUGUCAGUAUUUUGGAUAACCAACAUACCCACUUGCUCUGCAGAGAUCAGGGACUCUAAAAUAGAUUCAGAUUCAAGACCCAUGAUUUUGUUUGAAAAAUUUGGCUUCACCCACCGUGGCCAUGUACAGAUUUUGGUGUCUGACGUUUUUUUCAAGGCCACCCAAGCAGCCCCUGAUCUGGACCCCUCUCAAAUGGGUUUCUUUUUGUUAACAGACGAGGGCCUGGUGCAGGUCCUCGUUGAAUUAGAGCAGGAAACCCAUUACUGUGUCUUUAGCAGCCAUUUCAUCAAGCCUUUGUUUAACUUCAAGCAGCAGGAUGCAUCACUGAAUUAUAAUUAUUCAUAUCCCAUUACAGAUCCCAAUGAAUACAGCCUGUUUUUCGCAAAUUGUCAUCAUCAAUACCAGGUUUCAAUGAAUGUGCAUACUGAAAUGUACAACAUGGAGGGUGAUGUGAAAGAUUUCCUUCCUGCAGGUCAGACCCAGUUGCCCAAACUCUACUUUUGCUUUUUUUUGCUGUACCUUGCUUUUCUUGGACUUUGGAUUUAUGUGUGCGUGAAACAGAGGCUUACAGUGCAUAGGAUACACGUUCUUAUGUGUGCACUGCUCUUGUUAAAAGCCCUCAAUUUGGUCUGUGAGGCCGAGGACAAGUCAUAUGUUAAGACGUAUGGGACUGCCCAUGGUUGGGACAUUGCAUUCUAUAUUUUUGGGUUCUUUAAGGGCAUCAUGCUUUUUACCUUGAUAGUCCUGAUUGGAACAGGAUGGUCUUUUCUGAAACCCUACCUCCAAGAAAGAGAGAAGAAGGUUCUUAUGAUUGUGAUCCCUUUGCAAGUCUUUGCCAACAUUGCCAGCAUAGUUAUCGACGAGACAGGUCCGUCUACAAAGGAUUGGUUUACAUGGCAACAAGCUUUUUUGCUCAUUGAUAUUAUUUGCUGCUGUGCAAUCAUUUUCCCAAUAGUUUGGUCAAUUAAAACACUCAGAGAGACAUCCAAGACUGAUGGGAAGGCUGCUAGGAAUUUGGCGAAACUGACGCUUUUCAGGCAAUUCUACAUUGUGGUUGUGAGUUACUUAUAUUUCACCCGAAUUGUCGUUUAUGCACUCACCACAGUCACAGCUUACAAAUACAAAUGGGUGAGCAAUUGCGCAGAGGAGGCUGUAAGUCUUGCCUUCUACAUUUUCAUAUUCUACAAAUUUCAGCCCGUAGACAAGAAUCCUUACUUCGUUAUUGACGACGAAGAAGAGGAGGCUGUAGCCUUGGCCACCCUCCGGGAUGAAGAUUUUGAUAUUUAGUUAGAUAAGUGAGGAAUUUUAACACAAUUCAUUUACUAGGCAAUGGCUGUCAAAUGCUCAGUCAAACACUUAUUUCCGAUUUUGUGUUUGUGUGAAUAUCAAGCAUGAACAAUCUUUAACAGGUAAGCUGAGUCAUGCUGUGUCUCUUUCUCUUGUUUGGAAAGACUUUGACGUCUUUUUUAUUAAGGUAAACAUUUGUAAAUCUAUAUUUCUGCAUGGAUAUGAUACAUUUUUAUGUCUCA